CCCCGAGUCCGGCGACGGCGAGCCGCGGCGACCUGCGCCGCCAGCCGUCGAGUGGAGGCACGGAUCCGAGACAAGGACGCUCCCAUGGUUCAAUCUCGUUCGCCCCCGCGGUCGCCCACCACCGAGCUAUCGUGUGAGACGAGGAAGAAGCAGAAGCAGGAGGGCGAGCAGGAGCAGGAGCCAUUGGGGAGCCUCCCCGAGGGGCCCCUCGUCGAGAUCCUGUCGCGGGUGCCCUACAUGUCGCUCUGCCGCUUCAAGUGCGUGUCCAAGCCCUGGCUUGCCCUCUGCUCCGACCACCAAGUCCGCAAGAGGUCGCCGCAGACUCUGUCUGGCUUCUUCCACUGCGGCACAAAUGGCGUCCAGUUUUGCAAUGUUUCCGGUAGAGGCCCGCCUAUGGUCGACCCCUAUCUCCCUUUCUUGUGGAAACGCUAUACAAUUAUCAUCACCCGACACUGCUGCGGUGGCCUUGUCCUCUGCAAAUGCUGGAAAUCAUGUCAUUCCAAGAACAAUGAGUACAAUCUUGUUGUGUGCAAUCCGGCGACUGAGAAGUGGAUUGAGCUGCCCCAUUGUCCUAUAGAAUCGUCAUACUUAACCAAAGAGUAUUUGGGUUUUGACCCAGCCGACCCCUCCCGUUUCGUGGUAUAUGCACUGCACCUUCGGGAAUUCACAGAAGUGACGAUCUACUCAUCAGACAUUGGGCGAUGGACUACAGUGCAGAGUGGCUGGGUUGAAGGAACUUCUCUUGUUGUUGGUUUCGAAUGUGUCUUCCUGAAUGGCACCAUGCAUUUGAUGACCAAAGAACCUUCAGUAGUCACAGUGGACACAGAGGGGAAUGUUUGGAGGGAAAUUUAUAUGCCGGAAAACAUGACAGGGAGCUGUGAGGAUAUCUCCAUUGGACAGUCACAGGGACGCUUGUACGCUUGGUGUAUAGGUAAUCUUAAUGUUUGCCAGCUCGCUGUUUGGGCUCUUGAGGAUUAUGCUAGUGCAAACUGGACCUUGAAGCAUACUGUUAACAUUUUGGAGCUGUUUGGAAGGCAUUGUCGCAAAAAGGAUGAGUUCUAUAAGAUGUUUGCAAUUCAUCCAGAUCGUAAUUUGAUCUUCCUUACUGACCGGAAGGAAAAGACUAUCUCAUAUGAUAUGGAUAGCCGGGAGGUGCAUGUUAUCAGCACUUCAGGCGAAUUCCUUGAUGCUCAACCUUACAUUCCCUGUUUUGCAGAAUUGCCAUCCGACGGUCACUAAAAGUCUGCAGCAGUGUCUGGCUACUAAAAUAGGUGUGGACUUUCACUCUGGUGUAUUUUCUAGACUUGCAAAGUUAGAUGAGAAGAAAGAAAGAGCCAAGUUUGAUGUGGGCACGAUUUCUUAAUGCAUGAUGCCAUUUGACAGCAUCUACUGCAAGGUCCAAGCUGUAUCAUCAGAAACGUAUGCAUGGAAAUCCUGAAGAACAAGACUCGCACCGCCUAGACUCACUACUGAAACUGCUGGAAGUUCCCUGGCUAAGAUACCGCUGAAAUAACGAAUUAUUACUGAAGCUCUGCACUGGCUGUGUACACCUGAGGCGCUGGAUGUCAAAAUCCUGAGCAUGUAGCAUCUCAUUUGUCUAGUCUGGCUGCAGGCAUAUUAUCUGUUUUCUUUACCUGUUGAUAAGCCAGAGAGACCAUCUGGAUGAUUAUUUUUGUUUGUUUCUGGGCGAUAGUUUAGGAGCUGUAAGUGCUAUACUGUACUUUGGUUAUAUUCAUGCAAUGGAAAUGGCCAACUGGGCGAUGAUCCUGUUCCUCUAAAAUAAUGUUUUAAACUCAA